AUGGUUAACUCUGAAAGCUCAACUACUGUAUCCACCACAAACUCAGUUGACAUGUUCAUCUCCAAUAUUACCCAAGUUGUCGAGUUUCACCCUUCCUCUCAGCUUCCCAUAAAACUAUCUGGCAGUACUAAUUUUACCACAUGGAAAGCCCAAUUUUUCACACUUAUGUGUGGACAUGAUCUGAUGUCAUUUCUUGAUGACACCAGCACCUUUCCACCCAAAAAGAUAACCAAAGACAACAAAGAAAUAGCCAAUCCAGAAUAUAGACUUUGGUUCUGCCAAGAUAGUCUCAUCCGAAAUGCUCUAAUGGCAUAUAUUGACGCAACCAUUGCACCUUCUAUAGCUACUGCUGAAACAUCUCAACAAGCAUGGGAAAUGCUUCACACGACUUAUGCAAAUAAGUCCCAAUCCCGAAUAUAUAGUCUCUGCGAUUUGCUGGCCAAGACGACAAGGGACUCCAAAUCAGUAUCUGACUAUCUUCGGGAAAUUCGAUCACUAGCUGAUGAACUUGCAACUGCUGGUGCACCAAUCAGUAAUGCUAAACUGGUAGUCAAAAUAAUCAGCGGCUUAGGCCCCGACUAUCGUGAGAUAAGCACUACUAUCCGUGUUCGAGACACACCGAUUUCAUACGAAGAAUUGUUUGACAGACUUUCAGAUCAUGAAUUGUUCCUUAAACAUGAGGAGCUCAAGAAGAAUACCCUUUCCAUCACAGCUAAUGUUGCACAGAAGGGUUCAAACAACCAUACCUCAGAUCGCAACUGUAACAAGCGAUGGAAUAACCAACAGCCACAAGCACAACAUAUGAACAAUCGUUUACAAGAGCCUUACAAUGGUCAUCCAUUUGCCAAGGCACUUCUUGCUACACGACAAGGCCAACAAAAUAAUAACACAUGGGUUCUUGACACUGGAGUCUCCCAUCACAUCGCUACCGAUUCACACAAUUUGAUGUCGCCGCUUGACUACACUGGCACUGAGGAAAUCUGCAUGGGUGAUGGUAACGGUAUCCCAAUUACUCACAUUGGCUCAUCUACUCUUUUCAUUCCCACUAAAGACUUUUAUCUCCAUAAUAUUCUUUGUGCACCUCAUAUUAAACGAAAUCUCAUUUCAGUUUCUAAGUUCUGUAAUCAAAAUCGUACAUCUAUUGAAUUUUUCCCAUCUUUCUUUGUUGUUAAGGAGCUAAACACGGGGGCACCAUUGGUUCGAGGCCAAAAUAGGAAUGAUCUAUAUGAGUGGUCAACAUCAAGAUAUCAACCACCAUCUGCCCUUACUGCUACAACCAAGCCCAGCUAUUACUGA